AACAUUGUUUCCUGUUCUACAGAGCAGUUGAUUUCUGAAGCAAUUUCAUUUACGUCAAAAUCUUUCAGUUGGACAUUAUGCAUAGGAAAGAUGAGUGUCUCUCCAGCAAUUGGCAUUGAUCUUGGUACUACUCGCUGCUGUGUCGGUUAUUUGGCUAACAACAAAUACGAUGUUGAUAUUAUAGAAAAUCAACAUGGAGAUCGAACGACACCAUCGUAUGUCGCAUUCACAGACAAUGGCGAGGUUGUAGGGAAGCAGGCAAAGGACAAAGUAUAUCGCAACCCAGAAAAUGUAGUCUAUGAUUCAAAACGGUUAAUUGGAAGGCUCUUUGACGACCCAUACAUCCAGCAAAACCUCAAGGCGUGGACCUUCAACAUCAAUGCCGGACCAGACAGUAAACCUCUCAUACAAGUUAUCCAGGGCGAUUCCAUUGUGAGCUACUCACCACACCAAAUCAGCGCCAAAUUGCUGGCACAUAUGAAGAGCGUUGUGGAGAAUAGAAUAGGAGAAAAAAUAACGCGAGCCGUCGUCACAGUCCCCGCAUAUUUCAACUACCACCAGAGGAUUGCAACGAGGGAAGCCGGCAAAUUGGCGGGACUCGAAACGUGUAUAAUCAUGAACGAACCGACUGCCGCAGUUUUAGCGUACGUCCACAAGCACCACGUAAACGACUGCAAAAAUGUGCUCGUCUUUGAUCUUGGAGGUGGGACCUUCGAUGUGUCAAUUGUCAGCAUAAACGGCAAGGACAUAACUGUUAAGGCUACAUCUGGCAACACCUUUCUAGGGGGGCGAGAUUUCGACAACAAUUUGGCAGAGUACAUUAUGAAAAAAUUAAACGAACUAAAUCAAGUGGACGUAUCACAAAUUUCGACAUCAGUUCGACGAAUCAAUGCUCGUUGCGAAAAUAUUAAAACUGAAUUAUCGUUUGAAGAAUCCACACAGCUUGACCUGCACAACAUUUUAAUGAAUGGAACAGAGGUUGAUCUUGAAAUAACUCGCUCCGAGUUUGAGGCGAUUAACGACCACCUCUUCAAACUUUGUAUCCAAACGGUCGAGAACUGUCUCCGCCAAGCCAGCCUUUUCAAAGCAGAUGUAGAAAAAAUUCUUUUAGUAGGUGGAUCUACUAGGAUCCCAAAAUUAAGGAGCAUGCUAUCCGCUUACUUUGGUGACCAAGACAAGUUGUGCCACGGCAUAAACCCAGACGAAGCCGUCGCUUACGGUGCCGCUAUUCUAGCAGCGGGUGGUGAGAUCCAGUCCGUUCACAAUAUCAAGGAGAUUACUCCCCUUUCUCUUGGCAUCGACGUCGUUGGUAACAGGAUGAGUUUCAUAAUACAUCGUAACACUCCAAUCCCCGUAACCAAAACCAGAUCGUAUAUCACCGUUAGCGACGAGCAAACGGAAAUGGAAAUUAACGUAUACGAAGGUGAAAGGUCACUAGUGCAGUACAAUACAAAAAUUGGCACUUGCAUUAUAGAGUUACCACCGAAACCCCCAGGUUACCAGGUGGAAGUGACGUUCCAUAUUGACGUUAAUGGUAUCUUAGAGGUCGGUGCCUCCACAGAUGGCGGUGUUUAUACUAACCUGUCAAUGGAGUACGAGAAAGUCGCCGAGCAAAAAUCCAGCGACAUGCUGAAAGACGCGUUGGAAAAUAAACAGAGCGACGAAAGAAAGAGGGACGUAAUAUCUUGCCUAAUAAAACUGAAAGAGUACUGCAUUAAAAUGAAGGCGCUGUGCACGUACAAGCCUCACAUGUUUACCGACGAAGAGAAGCAUGCAAUAAUUGGGGCAUCUGAAGCUGUUACGGCAUGGGUCAACGACACUGUCAUCGAAGAUGGUACCGAUGAGGAGAAAAAUGCUAUUGUUUACAAGAAGAUGGAAAUUGAGGGAGUGUGCGAACCUAUUCUUCAAAAUUAUGGGUUUAACGUUGGUGACAUGGGCAUAUCAAAAUUUCAUAAAUUUUUAAUUGACCACGAUGCGAUAUUCUUGUAG